GUCUAGCCGUAUCUCCGCCACCUGCAUGCUAAUCAACCAUCCCCAUACAUCUCCACACUCUCCUCUUCGCCUACGCAGACGCAUACGUGUGAGACAUGCUGUAGGACCAUAUAUUGACCCAGUCGAGUACGGACACGACACCCAUACGCAUCCAUCAUGGCGAACCGAUCUCGCACCCUCCCACUCGUCCCGCUCCCACACUCGUUAGUCCUCCUGCCGGGAGUGACUACACGUGUUCCUCUCCAGAACCGCGCAGACAUCGCCGCCAUCCUCGCCAAGCUCUAUAGCACCGCUGCUACUCCACGCGCAGAGACCAGCAGUGUCACCGUUGGCUGUGUGCCACUCAACAGCCAGUUCCUCUCUCCCGAUGGCAAACACUUCCUCGAGGAGAAGGAUGCUUCGAAGCAGAAGAUAGAAUCCGAGCCCACUAACGUACGAAAGAAGGAUCUGUUCCAAUAUGGCACCAUGGCUAGAGUCACGGGUGUGCAAGGACGGCGGGCCGGAGAGUUGACACUCGUUGUGGAAGGCAUCACACGCUUCCACAUUGACAAGGUUACGCAAGAGCGACCAUACUUCGAAGCCAAAGUGACACUUCACGAGGAGCAGCGCGUGGCCGAGGAUAACGAACAGAUUCACAACAUGUUUGCCAACCUCAAGCAACUCAGCAGGGAGCUCAUCGCUCUGAUUCGCCUCUCUGCCUUGCUACCACGAGGUCCCCAGAUGACUCUCUCGCCCAUCCUGGCCCGUCGUCUGGAGCUCUACAUUGUGCGCAAGGAUGUGCAGGAAGCCGGAGUGUUAGCGGACUUUAUGACCAAUAUCAUUGAUUGCACACAUGCGGAUAAGCUACGCAUCCUCUCCGCCACUGAUGUGGGCGAGAGAUUGGCUCGGAUUACCGAGAUCCUGCAGCGACAGAUCACCACCAUCCAAGGCAACAGCCGCAUAUUGUCAGUGACGACCCAGCAGAACCCGAGCCAGACGGGCGUCAUCGAUCUCGAGACACUCAACAGACUGAGGCAGGAUCCACGCUUACGGCGCAUGGGCAAUGGACAAAUCCCUCCCGUCGGAAUGGGCCCAGGCAUGGGAGGCGGACAAGGACAGGAUGACGAGGUCAACGAGAUUGAGGAGCUGAAGAAGAAGUUGGAUGAAGCAGGCUUGAGUCCAGAAGCGAAAAAGGUGGCCGAUCGCGAGUUGAAGAGGCUGGCGAAGAUGAACCCGGCACAAGCAGAACACCAAGUCUGCAGAAAUUACCUCGAGAACUUGGCCGAGAUUCCAUGGACCAAGAUGACCGAAGAUAAUCUGGACACGAGCACAAUGGCCAAAGCGAAGAAGCAGUUGGACGAUGACCACUAUGGGUUGGAGAAGGUCAAGAAGAGACUGUUGGAAUACCUGGCAGUGUUGAAGCUGAAGCAAGCCGUCAACCAAGAUUUGGACAAGCAGAUUGAGCAGAUUGCAAAGGCGAUUGAACCGGCGAAAGAGCAAGCGUCAGCCGAUGCAGCGAUCAAUGGCGAUGAGGACGUGGCGCCAUCAACGCAGCUCGUCAAGAAAGAUGCUGAGGUGAAGAAGGAGCCAAGUCAAAAGGAGAUCAGCUUGCUGAAGCACAAGAAGAUGGUCGAUAAAUCGCCCAUCCUACUCCUUGUUGGCCCUCCAGGUGUUGGAAAGACCUCGCUCGCCAAGUCCGUUGCCACAGCCCUGGGCCGACAAUUCCACCGCAUCUCGCUUGGUGGUGUCAGAGACGAGGCUGAGAUUCGCGGCCAUCGGAGAACAUACGUCGCUGCCAUGCCUGGACUGAUCGUGAACGGCUUGAAGAAGGUCGGAGUUGCCAAUCCUGUCUUCCUUCUUGACGAAAUCGACAAGGUCGGCUCUGCCUCGAACCACGGCGAUCCAUCAGCUGCCAUGUUGGAAGUGCUUGAUCCGGAGCAGAACUCCACAUUCGUGGACCACUAUGUCAACAUUCCUAUCGAUCUUAGCAAGGUCCUCUUCAUCGCCACUGCCAACUCGCUCGACACCAUUCCACCACCGCUACUUGAUCGUAUGGAGACCAUCCAGCUCCCAGGAUACACGACGCUUGAAAAGCGACACAUCGCCAAUCGACAUCUCAUUCCCAAGCAGAUCACAACAAACGGCCUCAAGCUUGAGAAUGUACUCAUGAAGGAUGAGGUCGUAGACAAGGUCAUCACAUCAUACACACGUGAAGCAGGAGUGCGAAAUCUGGAACGAGAAAUUGGAACAGUAUGUCGCUCCAAAGCUGUGCAGUACGCCGAAGCACGCGACACAAAUACACUACCGGCCUACACACCUGUCGUCACAGUCGAGGAUCUCGAAGACAUGCUCGGCAUCGAACGCUACGAAGAAGAAAUCGCUGCUCGCUCCUCCCAACCCGGAGUCGUCACUGGUCUUGUGGCCUACAGCACCGGAUCCCAAGGCAGCAUUCUCUUCAUUGAAGUCGCCGACAUGCCCGGUGCUGGCGGCGUCAAACUCACAGGCAAGCUCGGCGAUGUGCUGAAAGAAUCCGUUGAAGUCGCCCUUUCAUGGGUCAAGUCCCACGCGUACGAACUCGCUCUCACGGACAACCCGAACGAAGACAUCAUGAAAGCACGAAGUAUCCACGUCCACUGCCCAUCAGGUGCAAUCCCCAAAGACGGACCUUCAGCCGGUCUCGCACAUACCAUUGCUCUCAUCUCGCUCUUCAGCGGGAAGCGCGUCCCACCCACAAUCGCCAUGACAGGCGAAGUCGCGUUGCGAGGAAAAGUCAUGCCUGUAGGCGGCAUUAAAGAGAAACUUAUUGGUGCGCUAAGAGCUGGUGUGAAGAAAGUCCUGCUACCGGUGCAGAAUCGCAAGGACGUGAAGGAUCUGCCGCAAGAGGUUUUGGAUGGGUUGGAGAUUGUCCAUGUUGGACACAUCUGGGAGGCUUUGCCGCAGAUCUGGCCAGAGAGUGAGUGGCCUGGUCAGAGAGGCUGGACGGGUGCUGUUGAGAGUCGGUUGUAGGUUAUAUGAGGUAUCUGAUUUCUUCAUUAAAGUUGUAUUUAGCGUUGGGUGGGUGUAAUGUUAUCAUCACUCUUUUCUCCGAAUCUUGACUGUCCUGCCCUGUCCUGUCCUGUGCUGCUUUCCGUGUGUGCAGAUCCAAUGAGAGUGAUGCACUCGAUGAUCCGUUCAGAGCUGGACCCAGCCGCGGUUUUUGUAAAUCUCGUUCAGAUCUUCGUGCAUCAUUUCUCGUUUCGUGUCACAUCGCGUGCUACUUGCAAGUAAGUGACCUACCUCAAAUGGUCCAAUUCAGCCUGAAUCUCUAUCCUGUGAUGCAAGUUCUAGAUUGUUUGCUUUGCAAGCAGACUUUUGUACUGCAGUCUGGGGCGCAAUCACUGCCAGCAGACUUUACCGGAAUCUGCUGCCAAGCCCUUUGGUUCGUGGUCUGGCUGUUUGGAACGAUAUGCUUCGCCUGUGAGGAAUGACUGCGACAUGGCUUGCGCGAUAUUUGGCGGUUGCUCGGUCGCACUCUUACUACUGCGCUUUCGUUCCGAAGCUAGUUCGCAAAAGCCUUGGGCUUCACGCCUUCUUGUUGCUAGUAUUAGACGCAUAAGCUUCUAUCAGUGUGUCAGAGUGUCCGGAGGGUGAAGAAAGUGGAUAUCUUUUCUGACAAGACGGCUGUGCGUCUCGUCAAGGCUUCUUCGCUCGCUCGUUUCGUUCGUGUUCGGUCUGUUCGGUCAGUGCACGUGGUAGUCUUUCGGUCCAACACUUUCCGUCUUGCUCAUCACGCUUGCAGCGCGUUUGGCUCCCUGCAUGUCCGGUAGUGUGAUUGCUGGCCGCAGGGCCGAAUCGUGUCUCCAGAAAUGAUUUUCUUCCGGUUGUCCAGGUUCGCUGAAAUGGAGGAACGAGAUCAAUGCUUCGCAACGUGCACCGAAUAAAGGUUCUAGUGACGAAAAUCGUGGUUCCGAGUGUCUGUCAUGGAAAUAGUGUGUCGCAAAGCAACCUGCUCUCGUUGAGGCGUUCCUGGUCGCAGUGGUAGAACUGGUUGAGAAGCCAUAAUGUACGAAUGGCCCGACACCAGCUGGCCCGCGUCAACUGUCCUCCGGAAGCGAUCGGCGCCGAAUAUGUGGUUGCCUUUCGUCCAGCCGAUGAUGCGUGUUAUGCUUGUACCUUGUCAGAGGAUUUCAGCUGUCAGUUCGUCGUGCACAGCUACUGGUACCGAUGCACGUCCGCCAGCUCGUCAGCCUCCAAUGUGUGAGUUCCGGCACGAAAGCUGUGUUCGCCCCGCAGAACACGUACUUGCUCUUUACUUGGAUGAAGAUCAUCACAAUAGUCAACGUUCAUUACUUGAUAGCUCGCAUCCUUGAGGUCCAGCUUGGACCAAAGAUUUCGAAGCUCUUAUCGAUACUGGCCUUUCUCCGCACUCUGUGCCUGACAUCUCAUACGACACUCUCAGCGCUAGAAGCUAGCUGCAGCGGCUCAGCGGGCUGAUUGACCUGCAUUCUUGUCGGAGUGCGAGUUGCAUGCAGGCUGAGAGCUCCAGUUGCCAUGCUUCGGAUUGUUCGUUCCGAAAGCUGGGGUUUCGAUGGCGUCGAUCUAGACCCCGAACGAUCAAGACCCCAGAUUCUUGUGGCUACGGCCACUACCGUCAAUGUGUGCAGCACUCGAACCUAGUGUUCCACCAUCUCAUCAUGCACAGCAUUCCUUCGCAUCCCAUGCAUUGUGCGUGCGGAGGUGUCUGGUACAAUCGCGGGGAAAGCUGCUUGAAAAUUGGAGAUCGCAGCAAAAUAGAAAAGCGAUCAUGAAAUGCGGCGAAGAUCGAUGAAAUAAUGUGCGGCAAGCCAUUGAAACUACAAGCAACAUCGUUGCAUUGCCUUACCUGGUGACUGGGCCUCGCCCU